GUCAUGUGAUAUUCCAUUGCCUCGAAAAAAACUUUGCGAUCAGACUUUCGUGCCUUAUUUUAUAGUUUUCAUUCCAUUCGAUUAAAUAGCUUGGCUAGACUUCAAAAUGGCUGUUCCCGACUACGUGCCUCCCCUUAUUAUCACCUGCAUUUGGGGAUUCAUUGGAAUCAUCUGCCCGUUCUUUGCUCGUGGCCCAAACAAAGGAGUGACUCAAUGCUGCCUUAUGCUGACCGCAACAACAUGCUGGCUGUUUUGGCUGUGCUGUUACAUGACACAGCUGAACCCUCUGAUUGGGCCUAAAUUGAGCAUGAACGAAAUCAUGAUCAUGGCCCGUGAGUGGGGCAACGAGAUCAAAGACACCAUGGAUGUCGUUGUGUAAAAGUAGUUCUUAUUUACACAUGUUUUGUUAUUACAUUUUAUGUUCUUGCAUUCUUUAUUAUUAAUUUCGUUCAAAUCAUAAAAUAAAAGGUAUUAUCAAAGUAUGCGAAUAU